AUGAGUGCUACCCUCCUUCUCCAACUUGUACUCACUGGAACUCUAACCCAUUACGAAUCUCGAGGCUUGAUCGAUGACAAGCGGUUGGAACACCUCUUGAUCGCGGGCAAACAGAUUCUCUACAAGUCGCACCAGGAAAGCGAUGUCCGAUCUCAGCUCGGGUUCAAUCCUCGGAUAUGGCAUGGCUUGACCAAAGUCCUGGCCGCGGCGAUCCCGGUGCUCGAACAGCAGUCUUUCUCUUACAAAAACCCUCCGAACCUUAGCUACGGCGGCAGUAGUUCUGAGCUGAUCGCGGCGCAUUACCCUUCUCUAGUAAAGGACAUUGAGCGGCUGAACGACCUCUGUACGAUCGCGCGCAAUCUUCUCGCAACCACUAAGAGGGCGCAGAAUCUGGCGGCAGAGAAAGCCUUUGACCAGCAAAUCUUGAAAUUGAUAGAUGUCUGCGUCAAGGUGACGGCAAGAGGGUUCGAUGGCGAGGCCAACCCACGAAACGAGGAGAGGUGGCAAAAGGUGGUGAAUCUCUACAAGAGGCUGUUGAUUACGUGCCUACAGUUUCUGCACAACUUCAUCAUGCACAACGAGCAGCGCAAAUUGGUACUCUGGCUGGACCUCUUCGGCCAGUCACAGGCUCGGGACGUCGAUGAUCUAGGAAGACAUUCUCCGGACAUGAGAACCCAUGAUCAAGAGAGGGAACAAGCUGCAAAAGAGGACAGGGUCAGAUCGACAGUGGAGAAUCUACCGGACCGACCGGGUCAAGUUUCUGUAGACGGCGGCAAUCUUGGUUACAACAUCGAUGACGUUCAUGCCCUAUUCGACCUGAUGAGUACGAAUAAAGAGCCGGACGAGCAGACCCAAAAGGCGGCGAAGGUGUUGAUGGACAAAAUCAGAUCGGACAUGGAGCACCUGUCCGGCAUGAACGCAAACCAACUCGAUGAUAGUCCGGAUGUCUUGUUGCGGGUGGGCGCGGAGCUGCGUGCGUGGUUGUUGAAGAAGGAGGAUUCCGCCACGGUGGCUGCUCACUCCUCACAGAUCAAGCGAGUGGCCGAGAAGAUCAUGGCACUGACUCACGGCAACGGCUCUAAGACCAAUGACCAUGCAGCUCCAAGGCAGACCAAGCUACCUAUAGCCGGCUCUUACAGCGGCCUCAAAACUUCGCAAGUCUUGACGGAAGAUGACAUGAGAAUGCCACGAACUGCAAAAUCUGCAGCUGCGACGUUACAAGAAGCCAAGGAUGAGCUCAUGGCGAGAUUACAUGAGGCGCCCAUCAUGGAUGAGAACGGCGAGCCGGAGUAUGACGACGAAGGCGAUCCAGAAGACGACGAAGAUCUCGAGGAUGAUGAUGAUCUGAUCAGUGUCGGGGACAGCAUGGGGGAUGAGGAUUACCAAGGAUCAGCAGAUCAAGAGCGAGGAUUACUUACCGAUGUUCCUCUUGUCCUCGGGCCCACGGAGAUCGAAGCACUACCGAUGAUCAUCCAAGCAGGUAUUGUCGACAAUUUUGGUUCGAAGAAUGGCGCAGCGGCCCAGCAGCAAGGUCCGAAGACCAAUAUGCAAGCUGUUCGCUGCCAUAUUCUCCUCGCCCAGGAAGCUGGACGCAAUGUCCUUCGGGAAUUGUUGAUUUUCAUCGCCGCUUGGGAUCUGCCGGAUGAUGAAUUCUACUUCAAAAUGAUGGUGCAGAUCAUGGAAGCUAUCCUGAAGAAUGGACUCAUGUCUCACGCAUACUCAGAUUUCGGUCAGCCGAAGGAUAUCAUCUCGCCAGCGCAGGCCGUGGUGAUCAAGAUUCUGACCCACAUCUUCCGUGCCAAGUAUAGCCCUGCUUCGGUGCAGCAACAGCAGCAGCAAAACUCGAGUAUUGAAGAGUCAGCUGCACCACAGCCGGGCAAGUCCCGACCCAUACCGUCUGCGCUAAGUCGAGUCGAUGUGCUCACUGUCCGUUAUAUUUUCAUUGUCUUCCGCGGCAACAUCAUCCCAGAAACUUGCGCGCUCAUCUAUCUGCAGGGACAGAUUCGGGCUGGCCUUGCUCUGGCAGAGGACUUCCCCCUGAACCUGUGGGACAUGGAACGCGUGUAUGAGGGAGUGUAUCAAUUCCUGGAGUUUUUCGCAGUCCUGACCGAAAACAACGACUGGAAGAAGUUGUUGGUGCAGUGGGAGAUCGUGUAUGAUCUUGUCACCCUGAUCAAGGAGCUGGAUCAGAGCAUCGCGAAGGUCGGUUUGACGCAAGCGAUACCCGCUCGGACCGCCAAUGGUGAUAAAGCGACCUUGGCUGGCCCCGCUGCGCACGAAGAAGCAUCUACUCUUCCCGCCCAUGUCGCCGUGGAGCGACCAUAUGACACACAAUCUUCAUCACCACCACAGGAGGCAUCCACUUCGAAACCUGCACCGCCACCACGACAGGCUGCAACAGCAGCGGCCUCUCAACCACCACCACCCGCACCAGCGACAGUAACCGAAGAACCCGCAGACUUCGAAUGGCGCAACCUCAAGAAACUCAUCGUCCUUGUACUCUCUAGUCUAGUGUGGAAGUCUCCUACCGUGCAGAAUCAAAUCCGCGAGUAUGGAGGAGUGGAGACAAUCUUGAGCUGUACAACUUAUGAUGCAUGCAACCCCUACAUCAAGGAACACGCGGUCAUGUGCCUGAAAUUCCUGCUCGAGAACAACCCCGAGAACCAAACCCUUGUUUCCUCGCUGGAAGCGAGAGAAGUCGUGCCUCCACCCGACUCUGGAGAUGCCAUGAGCAUAACAGAGGCGUUGGAUAAGCUGGGUAUGGACGUCGCGUUGAUGCCUGAUGGACGCGCGAAGGUGAUCCGCAGGGAGGGUGGAAAGAGCAGACUGCGGCGGACGCCGCAGGGGAAGCUAGAAGAGUUGAGGGAGGAGGUUGAGACGCUGGGCCUGCCUGUUAACAAGGAGGAGACGGUAGAAAAGGGCAAAGGCAAGGAGAGAGCCAAGGAGGCUGAGGGCGAUGAUGGGGAGAUCGAGUUCAUGUGA